CAUGCUGUUUUCGUUGUAGCUUGUGUCGUUUUUAUUUUGUAACUGGAAGUAUUCGGGUAUUAUCAUGCCCUAUCGCUUAAUCAAGAGUGCAGACCCAUCUAUGGUUUCCUGUAACUCGGCAGAAGUUUCAAGGGCAGAGUGGAUUUCUGUUUAAGGUUGUUCCUCUGUUGACCGAUUUCGGCGGUAUGAGGUAUCGUUGUGUUUUUCAAUAGUCUUUUCAAAUUGUUAUAUUUUAAUGUUAGUUUACUUGGAAAUAACACCGUAUUUAAUCGUAUCUCGUACAUAGUCAUUCCGGUCUCGGUUGGCAAAUUGCUACUUAUUGAUCACUUUAUCGGUCUUCAGUGUUGUUAAAGAUCUUCAGACCUCAGUCUUCUUUUAUAAAAGUCAAUGGCUCUUCCGGACCAACUUCAGGCCAUUAAUCAAACAGCAGAGGCUCUGAGCAGCUGUGAACGCAGGAGGAUCUUCUACCUGUGUGAAAUCUUGGACACAGACACCAGUGUGGCAUGUAUGAAGGACAUGCUGAAAUCUAAAGUGACGUGCCACGAGAGGGGACAGCUGUUUUUGACUGAGCUGAUGCUGCAAUUGAGACGUUUUGAUAUCCUGAAGAAGGUCUAUAACACCAACAGGGAUGAGGUGGAGAAGGCUCUGAUACACAGAAAGGUUCUGCCAAGAUUCAGAGUAUUGAUGGCAAAUAUAAAUGAGGAUAUGGCCAAUGAAGAUCUGAACAGUGUGAAAUUCUUGUUGGGUAGCACAUUGCCCCGUGAGAUGAUGGAAAAAGUGCAGAGUUUCCUGGAUGUGAUUAUUGAACUCGAAAAGCUGGAUAUAGUUUCACCUGAAAAAGUUGACUUUGUAGAAGAAUGUUUUAGAAACAUUGGCAGGGUCGACCUCGCCAAAAAAGUGACUGCGUACAAGAUGUCAGUAACAAUUGAAGGUCAUUCGUCUCUUCAGCAAAGACACAGAGGUCCCUAUCCGUUCUCCACUCCAAAUGGGUCCCCUUCUCGACAGCAAACAAGUCAACCACGCCCCCUCCACAUUGCCACAGAAAACGUUCCUGUGCCCGUACACACAGAGCAGAACCUGCAGACUCAACUGGAGCGGUACAAAUUGAACACUAAUCCCAGAGGAGUGUGUGUCAUCAUAGACUGCGUGGGUAAUGAUGGAGACAUGUUGGAACAGACAUUUAAGGCUCUUCACUUCAACGUGGUUCUCUCCAAAUGGCUGUGUGUGGAUGAAACACUCUCAGUUCUCAGAGGGCUAUUCAGAAAGAGAGAGAACCUUGAAGGCGACAGCUUUGUCUGCUGCAUCAUUAGCCGCGGUAUGGCAGACCAUUUUCUGGGUACAGACUCGUACGGCGUAGGUCUACAUCUGGACAAAGUUCGACGGCUUUUCACUGCUGAUGCAUGCCCCAUGCUGGCGGGCAAGCCCAAACUCUUCUUCAUCCAGAGGUACAGCGUCCCCGAGUUUCCGCCCCGUGCCAGGAUGGAGCACCGGGAUGAGGAUCUGGAGACGGAUGGCGGUUCUGGGCCGUCCAGAUGUGAUGUCAUCCCUACAGAUGCCGAUGUGUUCUGGAGUCACUGCUGGACAGAUGAACGUCAACUGGAGCAAGGGCACCAUCGCUCCGUUUACCUGAAGGCUCUGACAGACGCUUUGCACAAAGGUCAAAGGAGGAAUACACAUCUUGUUGAUGUCCAUACCGAGGUGAACGGUGCCAUCUUUGAACACAACACGACAAAUCCUGAAGCGCAAUACAACAUCGAUCUGAAACAUACUUUGAGGAAAGAUCUUUACUUACAAUAGAGGAUUAAUCACCAUCACUAAUCCCUCAAAACUGUCAGCCACAUAUGUAUACAGCAUGCAUUGCCUAAGAAGAACCUUUUUAUUUAUUUAUUGGGUAUACAGUGACAUCUGCUGGUGUAGUAACUUAAAACACGAACGCUUUUCUUGGUUUUGAUGUAUUUAUUUCAUGAUUGAAAAUAUGUUUAACAGUUUCAUAACAGACAUACAAAUAUACAGGCAAGACUAAACAAUUGUGACAACUAUAACUCAAGAGCCUCACAAUAGAUGCAAAUGUCUAUUCAUGCAAAAUAAAAUGAAGAGUAAUACAACACACAACAACACAAUGUUUUAAUCAUACAACAACUGGAAUGUAAUCAAAUGUAACUGCUUUUGUUUUGAAACAAUGUGAAAUGCCCUUUUCUUGCCUCAUACAAUGCAGAUAAAACAGGCUUGUAGUCCCUGUAUUUAAUUAUCUUAACUAUACAUUUUUUAACCUGUGUAUAUAAUUGUGAAAAUAGAAAGUUGAAUGGACUGACUGAAAUUAUAUCUUUUUUUAAAACUUUGAAUAUAUUUUUAUUCUUUGUAUUGCAUAUUUUGACAUUAUGCAUUGUCUAGACAUGUGCAGUAGAACUAUGUAUGCAUGCACGUAUGUAAAGAUACACUAUUUUUCAAUAGUAAAACAACAAAUGUUGCAUUCAUUACCUUUUAAAUUGUUUUAAUAAUUUGACUUUACUUUCUCCCUGUAGCCCCCAGCUAGUUCUACAUAUUCUGUAUUCUUUGUUUGUCUUUCAUCUUUCCUUUGACAUAUGUUUGCUAAAUUAAUAAUAAAGUUAAAGACCACU